AUGUCUGAACAAGAACGCCUACAGGAAUGCCUGAGGAAAGAGAUAAGGUCCCUUCUCAUUUCUGCCAAAGAUGGUUUGACCCCGCAGCAGUUGGAAAAGGAGUACUUGGUGAUGGUGGGGAACCAUUUACCACUCCGCAUCCUUGGGUAUCGGUCCACGAUGGAGCUGGUGAUGGACAUGCCGGACGUUGUCAGUGUUUGCCCCUGUGGGGAUGGGACUGUAAUACUGAAAGCCAUUCCAGAUGAAUCCACCAAAGGAAUAGCAAGUUUAGUUGCAAAACAGAGGAGCAGUCAGAAGGUCCGAAACUCCAUGCAGAAGGGAAGGGCCAGCGUGUGCUCUGGGCCCAGCUUUCAUCGGCAAGUCCCGUACCGAGGAAGGGUGCCCCCUAUUCUUCCAGCUGUGGUGAAGAGUGAGUUGAAGGACCUCCUGGCGUUAUCUCCUGUUCUCCUUUCUGAUUUUGAAAAGGCAUUUGCCAAGCGAUUUGGACGAUCAUUCCAGUACAUGCAGUAUGGGUUCCUGUCUAUGUUUGAAGUGCUGAAUGCCGCUUCGGAUGUCGUUUCUGUAGAGCAGACCAGGGCAGGUUCCUUGUUGACACUAAAGAAGAGCACAUCAGAGGAGAAGCAGGGAGGAUGGCCGGCAGAAGGUAAAAUUUUUGCCCAGCCUUUUAGAAUGAAACAAGAAGGGUCAGCCCCCCCAGGCUUCCCAGUAGCAAAGGCACGCUUCCCACGACCCACUUCAAACAUGGAACCACUAAAGCAAAUAAUGAAUGCGAAAAAGACGUCUAAGUCAAAUAUUGUGGAGACUUCAAGGCUGACUCACACUGAAAAAUUAAACCAGUUGGAGAACACCUUCAAAUCAGUUAUUGCACAAAUUGGACCUGGUGGGACUAUCGAUCCAGAACUAAAACAUAAGAUAAAAUUUGUUGUGUCCAAGUUUCCAGAGGGAUUGCUUAUUUCUAAACUGCUUAGAGAAUUUGAGGUGAUUUUUAAAGAGCAACUUUCACCAAAAAAAUUGGGCUUCUUAAAUGUUAUAGAACUUGUUGGAGCUCUUGGUGACAUUCUCUAUGUGGAGUUCAGGGAAGGAGAGCAAGACUUACUGGUGUUUGAUGCUGAUAUGAAGCCUCUACCACGUGUUCAAUCAGAUAAGCAAAUAGAAGCCAAACCUUGUGUCUCUAGCCCCCCUAGAAAGGCAUUGUCUACUACUGUUGUUAAGGAGAACACAUGGGCUUGGUCUUUUAAAAAUCAUAAAGAGCCGGAGCAGAAGAUUUACAAGAAGCCUAAUCUGGUGGUGAAGCCCUUACAGCUGCAAGUAGAAAUUGACAGAUCACAGCUCAACAUGGCAACGGCAAAUCACGACAUCCCACCAGAUGCUGUAAGAGACAAGAAAUUAUGCAGACUGCCACCAUUAGAUACCAGUACCCUCGUGGGAGUCUUUGUGGAGUAUAUCAUCUCUCCUAGUCAAUUCUACAUCCGAAUCUAUAGCAGGGACUCAUCAGAAUUACUUGAAGACAUGAUGAUUGAAAUGCGGCGCUGUUAUUCUAAUCAGCUGGUUUCUGAUCGAUAUGCCAUGCCAGAAUAUUUUAUGCAACCGGGACAUCUCUGUUGUGUAAGGAUUUCUGAGGAUAAGUGGUGGUAUCGGGUCGUUAUCCAUCGAGUCCUUGGGAAACAGGAAGUUGAAGUGUUCUACCCUGACUUUGGAAAUAUUGGAACUGUUCAGAAGUCCUCCCUGAGAUUCCUCAAGUGCUGCUACACAAAGCUUCCAGCUCAGGCUAUUCCUUGUUCUUUGGCAUGGGUGAGACCAGCAGAGGAAUAUUGGACUUCCAGAGCUAUUUUGCAGUUUCAGAAAUUGUGUGGUUUGAAGCCAUUAGUGGGGGUAGUGGAUGAAUACAUAGAUGGAAUCCUUAACAUUUUUCUGUGUGAUACAUCCUCAAACGAAGACAUCUAUUUCCAUCAUGUCUUGAGGACAGAGGGCCAUGCCAUUGUAUGCCGAGAAAAUGUCCCUUCUAAGGGUUUCAGCGAACUCAACCCUUUAGCUUUAUACACCAAAUCCAGCGCAGGGCCAGAGGAUGCCGCGCCGACAGAGCGGGGCUGCCCCUCCCAGCACCACUGUUUUAAGGAAGUCCAAGAGAUCAGUCUGCUGUCAAAAGAGAGUGAUUCAUGUGCUCUGGAUGAGAUCCCCACGGGAAUGCCGUGCCUGGAGUCAGUGACCAUAGGUGGUGAUGUUUGGGACGAGAACUGGUUGCCUCUGCAAGCUAAAAUGGGAAAAGGAGGUGAUGCUGCCUCCCACUUGUUUACCUCCAGCCAUGGGGGAAAGAAGCCAUACCAGUCAUGCAAAGAGAUGCCCGAGAAGGACUGGUGUUUUUCCACACAAGAUACAUGGGAUGAUUCAUGUCAGCCUUUAGGGCUUGAGAAUGGAACGCAGGUAGAAGCUGGAGAACCAGAAGGCCUGGGUGCUCAGGAAAAGAAGACCGGGACAACCGGAAUUGGGAAGCAGCCAGACUUGGACGGCCCUCCCGACCCUGGCCCCUCCACGCUGCCCGAACUGGGGGAGCUCUACGGCUCCUGCGCCCAGCCGCCGCAGCCCGCGGCCGGCAGCCGGGGCCGCCCGCCCGGCGCUCAGACCCCGCCCGAGCCGGCCCGGCUCCGCGCCGCCGUGCUCGAUGCAGCGCCUGCCGCGGUGGAUGCCGCAGAGAAGCGCUCGGGCUCGGUGGAAAGCUCUCCAGAGAGCCUAAAGAAUGAAGAUUUUUCUAGUAGCCAUGCUAUCACAGUGUUCAAAGACAAGAGCUAUGGAGCCAUGGACCAGCUCUCUUUGAUUUUGUCUCCUGAGCACCAGAUUUCUCAGAAAUUCUACAUUCCUCGAAGCACAGCCACUGCUGCCUUAGGAGCUGCUGCCCGGUUAGCCAUGUCCAGGAGCUUCCUACACUGGUACCCCAGUGUGAAAAGGGCAGAAGCCUGA